UUUUAAUUCACGUACCAACCACUCGAAGAAGUCUGCAAUUUACUUCCAGUUUCACGUACUCAGCACAGUCUGCUUCCAUGGCUACCUUCAAGACUAGAAAGCCUUUAUUUUUCCUUCUCUUCGUGGUUUUACAAGCUAUGUUUGUGUUAGCCAUAACAUCUGGAGGUUCAUCUAAACAUGGCAGCGUGAUUGGAAUUGAUCUUGGCACCACAUAUUCAUGUGUUGGUGUCUACAAGAACGACCAUGUAGAGAUUAUAGCCAACGAUCAAGGAAACAGGAUCACCCCUUCUUGGGUUGCGUUUACUGAUGCCGAGCGUCUCAUCGGUGAGUCUUCGAAAAAUCAAGCAGCUCUAAACGCUGAACGCACAUUUUUCGACGUCAAGCGUCUCAUUGGAAGAAAGUUUGAUGAUCCAGUUGUUCAAAAGGUUAUCAAGUAUUUGCCUUAUAAAGUAGUGAACAAAGAUGGAAAACCAUAUAUACAAGCAAAGGUCAAGGGUGAGACCAAAGUGUUUAGUCCUGAGGAAAUCAGUGCUAUGGUCUUGACCAAGAUGAAGGAGACAGCUGAGGCUUAUAUGGGAAAGAAAAUUACUGAUGCUGUGGUCACCGUUCCAGCUUAUUUCAAUGAUGCACAAAGACAGGCUACCAAAGAUGCAGGCAAGAUUGCCGGGCUCAAUGUGAUUAGGAUCAUCAAUGAACCUACAGCAGCAGCAAUUGCCUAUGGUCUGGAUCAAAAAGGAGUAGAAAAGAACAUUUUGGUCUAUGAUCUUGGUGGUGGAACUUUCGAUGUUAGUAUCUUAAGCAUCGAUAAUGGUGUAUUUGAGGUUCUGUCUACAAAUGGAGAUACCCAUUUGGGCGGUGAAGAUUUUGACCACAGAGUUAUGGACUAUUUCAUCAAGCUGAUCAAGAAGAAGUACAACCAUGAUAUUAGCAAAGACAACAAAGCUCUUGGUAAGCUUCGAAGGGAAUGCGAAAGAGCCAAGAGAGCAUUGAGUAGCCAGCACCAAGUACGAGUAGAGAUCGAGGCCCUUUUCGAUGGUAUCGAUUUCUCUGAAACUUUGACAAGGGCUAGAUUUGAGGAGUUGAACAUGGACCUGUUCAAGAAGACCAUGGGGCCCGUAAAAAGGGCUUUGGAAGACGCAAGACUGAAGAAAUCAGAUAUAGAUGAGAUUGUACUUGUUGGAGGAAGUACAAGAAUACCAAAAGUGAGAGAGCUUUUGAAGGACUUCUUUGGCAAAGAACCAAGCAAAGGUGUUAAUCCUGAUGAGGCAGUUGCUUAUGGAGCUACAGUCCAAGGUGGUAUCAUUAGUGGUGAAGGUGGAGAUGAAACCAAAGAUGUUGUUGUUCUUGAUGUCACUUCCUUGAGUCUGGGAAUUGAAACAGUUGGAGGUGUUAUGACAAAAUUGAUACCAAGAAAUACUGCAAUACCAGUGAAGAAAUCUCAGGUGUUUACCACCUACCAAGACCAGCAAAACACUGUUUCUAUCAGGGUAUUUGAAGGUGAAAGAAGCAUGACAAAGGAUUGUCAUGAGCUUGGAACAUUUGAGCUCUCUGGUAUUCCACCUGCUCCAAGGGGAGUGCCUCAAAUUGAAGUCACAUUUGAGGUUACCACAGAGGGAAUUCUACAUGUGAAGGCUGAGGAUAAAGCAGCUAAGAAUUCGAAAACCAUAACCAUUACCAAUGACAAAGGUCGCCUAAGCCAGGAAGAGAUUGAUAGGAUGGUUCAGGAGGCUGAAGAGUUUGCAGAGGAGGAUAAGAAAGUGAAGGAAAGAAUUGAUGCCAGGAACAAUCUAGAAAGCUAUGUUUACAACAUGAAGACUAGCAUCAAUGAUAAGGAAAAGCUUGCGGAGAAGAUAGAUUUGGAAGACAAGGAGAAGAUGGAGAACACAUUGAAGGAAGCUCUUGAAUGGCUAGAUGAGAAUCAGAACGCAGAGAAGGAUGACUUUGUUGAGAAGCUCAAGGAAGUGGAAUCUGUAUGCAAUCCAGUCAUAAAGCAAGCUUAUGAGAAUAGUAAUGGUGGUGAUUUUGAAGAUGAAGAUCAAAAUGAUGAAUUGUAAAGGAAUAUGUUUUUAGUUUCCUUUAGGAUGUUUCAGUGGCAUUUUUUUAUGGUUACUACUAUUUUUUCUUAAUAAACUUUUAUGAAUUACAUAUACAGUAUUCGUCAUAAAAGUUGGUCCACAAAAAUUAUUAUACACUAAAUUUAGAAGUUCGGAUGAUAAUAGUAAUGAGAUAAAUCAUU